GUUAAAUUUAAACCAAAAAGUAGGAGGCAUAAUUUAUAAGUUGCUGGAUUAAAAUAGCCCGAGAAAAUAUGUGUGUUGACUCGGCGUAGCGUACCGGCCAGGCCUCAAUUCAGUUAGUGUUGCUGCCUUCUUCAGUAAAACAUGAGUGGGCCUUUUAAAAGAAGGGCGUCCCUUAAAUCUUUGCCCAACGUGGGCCUGAUGAAGCCGGGCGGCCGCAGGAAAUCCUCCAUAGCGGUCACCACGAUGCCCACGUCGGAAAUGGAGAAAGAAUUACCAUGGGACAUGCUGGACCGUUGCUUGCUGCCCGUCAUAUUUUGCCAUGCCGCCGCGAUCGUUUUAAGUACAGUGCUAAACGUUCUCAACAUAUCGCAAGUGUCCACUUUGACCCUCUUUAUAUGGUUUACCAUCACCACUAUUGCCUCUGUAUUGUUCUACCACAAUCUUAAGGUGACUGUAGCAGGAAAGGCCGUCCUGAUAACGGGAUGCGAUUCGCGCAUCGGAUGCGCACUGGCGCGCCACCUAGACGAGCAAGGAUUCACCGUGUUCGCAGGAUUCCAGGAUCUGGCAAACAGCGCGCACGCCGACGAACUUAAGGAAGAGUGUUCGGGCAGAUUGCACGUGCUGCAGUUAGAUGUCUCCUCCGAGACCGAAAUAUUGUCGGCCUCCCUCUACGCCGUCGAGCAUUUGCCCGACGGGGCGCCGGGACUCUGGGCCGUCAUACACGCCGCAUCGUGGGUGGCCCUGGGAGAGAUCGAGUGGAUACCGCCACAGGUAAUCAAGAAGGCGACCGAAAUCAACCUGUUGGGCCCCACUCGCGUGACCCAGAUCAUGCUCCCCCUGUUGCGUCGCGCCCGCGGUCGCAUCAUCGUCCUGACAUCAGGGCUGUCCAAAGUUGCGUCUCCCGUGAGAGGCAUCCACUACGGAAUCUUGGCGGCGCUGGAGUCGCAGGCCGAGUGCCUUCGCAAGGAGUUGAGGCCCAGGGGGGUGGAUGUCGUCGUGGUGGCGGCAGGAGAGUAUACUUCCGGAAGCUCAUGGUUGACCGACGAAACGAUUUUCGAGCAGGCGAAAGAGAUGUGGGAUUCUUUGGGAUCCGAGCAGAGGACCUCGUACGGCAAGGACUACUUUGAGACAGCGCUAAGGAGCUUGGAGAAAUACACCAAACCACAAGAAUUUGAUCUAACCCAUGUACUCAGAUCUCUAAACGAUGCCACAAUAAGAACUUUUCCCUUACCGAGAUACACUCCUGUUAGCAGAAAAGAAAAACUACAAGCAUUUAUUGCUGAUCAUUUACCACGUGCUGUUUAUGAUAUCAUCUAUUCUUAAGUAUUAUGUUAUUAACCGUUUUUUUUAAUAUCAUUGUUUGAUACCAUCAAUUAAAGCAAAAGACGUCAGUCCACCAUUUUUUUGUUACAUCUAUAUAAAACCACAAUCUGCUACGUAAAUACUAGUUUUUUAUAGCAUAGUUUGUACACAUAUAUCGUUGUGUGAGAUUUGUAUAAAUAAAUUGUAUAGAUAA